GCGGCGCACCCGGAAGGUCCGUGGACCGAGCAGCGCAACAGGCGGCGGCCGAGGGGCCGCAGCGGCGCGGACGGGCUCAGGAUGGACAAACUGAAGAAAGUGCUGAGCGGGCAGGACAGCGAGGACCGGGGCGGCCUGGCCGAGGUGGCUGAGACGUCUUCGUUAAGCUGGAGCACCCGAGUAAAAGGCUUUGCGGUGUGUUUUGGUGCAGGAAUUCUCUGCUCGCUGCUGGGAACCCUUCUGCUCUGGGUGCCGAGGAAGGGGCUGUACCUCUUCGCAGUGUUUUACACCUUUGGGAACAUCGCAUCCAUCGGGAGCACUGUCUUCCUCAUGGGACCAAUGAAACAGCUGAAGAAAAUGUUCGAGCCCACCCGUUUGAUCGCAACUAUCAUGGUGCUGUUGUGUUUUGCGCUCACCCUGUGUUCUGCCUUUUGGUGGCAUAACAAGGGGCUUGCGCUCAUCUUCUGCAUUUUGCAGUCCUUGGCCCUGACGUGGUAUAGCCUUUCCUUCAUACCAUUUGCAAGGGAUGCUGUAAAGAAGUGUUUCUCUGCGUGUCUUGCAUAACAUGCAGCCAGUUGUGCAAAGCUUUGGGAGGCACUGUGGACGGAAGCCGGUGGACAGUUUUGUAAAUACCUUCAAACCUCUCUCUCUCAGAUAUGUGCCUUUCGUCUUGCAGCAGUGUGUUUCUCGCCAUCUGAACGUUUGCGGAUUGCUUUUGGAGGCAGCGACGUGUCCCCAGCCCCACGUGUCUGUAGCACAGUGGGAGGGGUGGGCUCUGUGUGUUUCGGGGAGGCAUCUCCUCCUGUACCCCUUCUCUCUUUGGAUGGUGUCCCACUGAACUCUCAUAAAUAAAAGCCAUGUCGAGCAAGCAGCAGAUAAGGCCUGGGAGGUAGGGAUGGCCAGGUGACCACAAGCAGCCACAUCGGAGACGGCAGGGGUGCAGCCGUAAGGGAGAGAGUUGGGAGUCAACAGGGACUUUGUAGACUGUCCCUCGGCUUGGAGACCAUCACCCCUGCCCCACACGGUGUGGACAUGCCUCUGUUUUGGUGUCUGGGGACAGGUGGCCCUGUCCCGACAGCUGCACACGAGCCCGUGCAGAGCCUGGCUGGCGGGGGAGGGACUAGGAAGACGGGCUCUCCGGUGCCAGGUCGUGCUCUCAAGUCUGCACCCCGGCCCUCCACUCGCACUCUCGAUUCCGCCCCUGACGGUGGAAUGGAUUUCCUGACACCAGGGUGCUCUUUUUCUCCUGGGUUUCUCUGUCUUAUUCCCCCCCCACCCACCCCCAUAACUGUGCUCGUGACCUCCUGGAAUGAGGCUGACGGGACAAAACAGCAGAGAAAAGGCUGCUUUUCCUUGUGGACAACAGCCCACAGGAGGUGAAAAUGUUUGAUGUUCUCUGCUCUAUUUUUUUUCUUCGUUUAUACAUGUCUGCUUUUAAACCGAUUUUAUUUUCCAUUCUCUCCUGGAGUGGGGCCAGGGAGAGUGGGUGGAAGGACAGCCCCCUGUGGGGCCAGCGGGAGUGAGGCACACCUGCCUGGUGACCUUUCCGCAGUCCCAGCAUUGACACUUGAGCCUGUGCUGGAGACACCGGGAGAAGACGAGACGUGACAGGCGGCAGGGCGGUCGUGUCUCAGCCUGACGCCGAACAGCAGACAAAGUGCUUUGUGUCCGUGAUCUUGUCUGGUCCUCACACGGCCUUGUGACGAAGCAGGGGCCAUCAAGCCUCGCAGAGGCCACCAGGUCCACCCAAACCCACAGUUGGUGGCAGCACAGAGCCUGGUGCCCCAGCUUUAAGCUCUUAAGCCCCCGCGUUUCCUGGUGUGGCUCUGGGGGCACCUCCUAUAACCGUUGCCUGUUGGCGUCAGCCAAGCCUGUGCCUUUUCUGGUCCCGGUCUCUGUCACUGCCCGUCUCCCGCCCAGCCUCCCUUUGGGACGUGUCCUCCUGGAUCUGCAGGGUCUCCGUUGUUCUCUGUGCCUCCUUUUAGCUCCUCCUCGCUGCCUGACGACCAGAAUGUCGUGUCUUCCUCGCCAGAGUCCUUGGCAUUGCAGCAGCUCCACAGUCACCCUACAGAUGAAGUCUCUGGGGUUGCCUUUCUGUGCUUCCCCGGCUCUAGCUGUGCACUUGGGCUGUUGCUCGGGGAACCUCCCACCUGGAGGCAGUUGUCUCCUUGCUUGUGGCUAAUUGCUGAACUCUCUCCCUCUGCUGCUGAGACCUCAGACUGGCCGGCCUUUUCUUCUGAGCUGGGGAGGUGUGAACAGGCCUGAUGGGGCGGAGGGAGGACCCAGCCUCCCCAGGUCCUUUCUCGGCUGUCGAGGACACUCUGCCUUAGCCUGAGGUCCCCCAAUCUGCCUUCAGCUCGGAAGGGAAGUGAAAUGCUACCCUCUGGCUUUUGUGGAGUUUUCCACAUCCCAGGUGCCUCUGGGAGAUGGUUCAGAUCUCCAAAGGGCUCAGGGGUGCCUGUUAAGAUGUCACCAGGAUGUACAGCGUAGUGGUCAUGAAUGCAAGCUUUGAAAUCAAACUGACGUGGGUGUGAGUGACGGUGUAGCACAUCCUAGUGUCAUGUUGACCGAGUUACUUACGCUGCGGUUCUCAGAUUGCUCGUCUGUUUAAAAAUAACGGGAAAAAACAAUUCCUGCUGGGUUGUUGAGGAUGUCAAUGAAACAUGUGUCAGGUGCUUAGCACGGGGCCCAGCACAGGUGAAUGGUAACUCAGUGAAAAGUCGGUACUAUUAUUUAAUCCCAGAAAUAACUGAUGACCAUUGAAAGUGUCAGGGUGACUGUUUCUGGCCAUUAGUUUAUGUAAGAAAGGCUUAUCUAGUACUAUGUGUCUGGCACUGUAGAUAGUCCCAUGCACGUUCUCAUUUAAUAUUCACAAUAACUGCUGUCUAGUGGUCUUGUCUCCGUUACUAAAAAGAAGGAACGGCCUCAGAGUAAGGGGUGUGUGCCAGAUCCCACCAGCAGGGGGCGUUGGUUCUUGCACAAAUGCUACUGCUUUGCCCCAGCUCUGGUGGUCUGUGGCCACUUGCUCAGGUGGCUCCAGUCAGGACACUUUGGCAGCUUUUGGACGGUUCUGCCUUCCAGGAUCUUUAGACUCCUAAAUUUCUCCCCCUGCUGGCUUAUUCUCUGUUUGCUUCCUGACUUGUCUUUGUCGGCCGGACUGUGGGAGAAAUCCAUUUCAAAUCUGCUGAAAGCUGUUACCACGCAGCGUCGUGGGGAGAUGAGGAGUGGAGUGUUGUUGGGGUGUUAGACCCUGGGGCUGGUGGUGGUCUCCGUUUUCUGCUCCCCGGCCUUGCAUCCUACCCCAUUUGCUGCUGGGUAGAGGAGAGCUCAUUGUGUUUCUGGAGUGAAGGGGACCAUGGAGGAGGCUCUUUGGGAUGGGACAUGUGCUCCCCCGAGGUGCUACUUCCCGCUGUCAUGCGUGGACUGGACUUGCUGGCUCUGAGGGUCGUGCUGGGACCACUGUCCACACCUGGAGGGCCGGCUGCCGUGCUCUCAGGCCUCUCCCCCUCCCCGUGUCCCGGAGACUGGGGGGUAUUUGCUAACUCACUGCCUCCCUCCUCUUGUCUCAGGAUAAGACCCUCCGCUUUGGCGCUGGCGAGGCUGUGCCCCUGCUGUCCCUACAGACAGGGCCGGUGGGUGGGGCUCUCCCCAGUUGAGCCUUCUCACUGGGUGCUUGCAGAUGCUCUCUGUCACCCUCUAACGGUGAUUCUGUGCACUGCUUACCUGAGUGCCACCUCCCUUCCACCCUAAUCAGUGUGUGCUCAGGGAGCAAGACACAAAAUCACGAAAUGCAUGUAAAUAAAAUUACUUUUGGAUCCUUCCAUUAGAAAACAAUUAAGUGGGUUAUACCUUCAAAGGAGGGGUGUGGGGAUACUGGUUUGGCUGCCUCUGGUUUCGGGAGCUCCCCGGGAGUGACAAAUGCUGAGCCUUCGUGGAAUGAGUCAGGACGUUGAGCUGUAGCCCGAGGCUGUGGGUCCCUUUGUGGGGCAGCUGCUCUUCUCCGUCCUCGGGUGACUUGUGAGUAGGGUCAGCUGCAGAGCUACAAAUACUUAGAAAUUCACCACCUCUCCUUAGGCUUCAUUUUCAACAAAUAAACAGCAAAUCAGUGUUUGAGGGUUAUAAAGCCACUUUGCUAGAUUUUUGGCAUAGUUUUUUUAAUUUUAAAAUUUAAAAUUUUUUUGAUGUUUAAAGAAGUGCAGUUUCUUUGCAGAUGUCAUUUUUUUUUAAAAAAAAAAGCUAGUAGACCUUCCACUGCAGUUAAAUUUAUAUCCGUGUGUCUCUUGAUGUUUGCAAAAGAUUUUAGAUUUAGACUUACAGGUUUUUUUGGACAUUCUUAUUUAAAAAGUUGAUUGGGCAGUUCGGUUGUAUGACAUUAAAGUACUUCUGAUUCAUAAUUUUGUGUAAUUCUGAGAUCUUGAGAGUUUGUAGCUGAGUAGAGAGGAAAGGGCUGUAUAGCUUAUUUGAUCCCAGUUUACUCGAGAUGGGGUGUUUAGUUCCACUUCCUGGCUAUUUCCAGUUCUACCCCGAAUGCAUAGGUGACCUCCCACGUCCCCGGCACCCCGAGCUCUGCUGUUGGACACUCAGGUGUGUGUAGCGCGGCCUCCCAGAGAACCGGCAGACCUUCCAGGGCUCAUGAGAGGGACCAGCAGAGGCAGUGUUCAAGUAAACGGACAAUAAAAUUACACCCUUCCCAGCAGGAGCUGACAAACUGAUAAAGGGCUUAGACACCUACUAGGAUUUUCUGUGGACGUGACAAGCUGAAGGCAGGAAAGAGUGACUCCUCUAGAUGGGAGAAACACGGCUGUUUGAAGCCAAGGUCAGUUUGUAGCGUUGUAACAAUACUGAUGUAUGCUUUCACCCCAGAGUAAUGUCACUGCUUUUAAUAAACAGCACCAGAAAAAAGGUCAUGGACAAAAGUUCCUUGCUAUAAACAGGCUGCCUACACUGAAACUCCUGUGCGUCAUCCUGUGAGACCAGACAGACAGGUAUCUGGGCAGGUGCUGCUCUCUGCCUGGGACCGGGAGGAGGGGGUGUGGGGGGAAGUCCACACUGAACUUGCCCUAAGCACAGCCGAGCCUUGUACUUGGGUCAUGUCCUAAAGGUGAGUCCUAAUGAACACUCACUCUUGGGAUCUUUCUGCUAUGCAAAGUGUUUAUUUUGCCUUUUUCAAUACAAUUGCUUGACUUAGCCACUUUGAACAAGGGGAGGAAGAAAACAAAACAAAAAAACCCUCUGAACUCUUGAUUUUUUUGCUGCUGUUGUAAACUCUGAUUGUGACGUUGGGG